GCCCGCCCUGGAGAUCUAGGAUUUUGGUGCGUGUUAAAUACCUAGUUCAUAGGUAGCUAAAUGCUUUAUAAAGUGUGAGUUGAUUGGGAACGUUUGUAACCCUCAGAAUGCCACGUCGUUUGUGAAAUGAAGUGCUUCAUUUAGUAAACAUUUAUUGAUCGUCUGCCAGAGUAUUGGGAAGGAAGCCCUACUUGCAAGGAGCUUCUAGUUCCGUUUCCACUUAACGCUGUGACACGAGUUUUAAAAAACAGAAAUGACCAAAGUGCAAUUGAGGAAAGAAUGAAAUUACAAAGAUUGCUUUGACAUGGAUUUAUUGUUCCAAGAAGAAACCUGUUGCAAGUAAAAGGAAGUAUUGUCUCUAUGAAUACUGCAACUUAAAGAACAAAGGAUUUAUUUCUCUCAUAAUAGACCUGAGAAGCUGCUAAUUGGAAUGGGAUUUGGAGUCAUCAGAAUAAAAGCAAAAAAUAUGAAGGAAAAACCGUUAUUUUUAUACCAGCAUGUGGCACCUGGCCUCUAGUUUUAAAUUUUCUUUACCCAAGAAAAUUUGUGAUGUAAAUGAAAAUAUACCCUUUUUCUAGACACUGUUAACAAAUAUGCUUCGCUUAAGAGCUAUUUGUCUAUUUCCUUGGAGACUGUUUCAUUUUCGACCCUUCAGUUGUGAACCAUUAAUUAGCCAGAUGGAUAAGUGUACAGAUGAAGAACAAGUAUUUGAUUUUAUUGAAAAAAACAAAGCUGUACUUUCAGAAAAGCAAGUGGGAUCUGCAUUUAAUAUACUUUGGCAGUUUCAAAAGCAGAAGACCAGCUUGUUAAAAAGUGUUGAAUGUAUCAGAGACCAUCCCCAAUUUCUUACUCUUUAUAAUUUGACUGCAAGUAAAGUGGAAUUCAUGAAGGACGAUACCCUGGUGAAUGUGUUGUACAUCACACAACAGUUUGCUAUUGAGGCCCAUGACCCACUAGUUGAAGCACUAGUUACAGAAGCAUGGAGAAGACUGGAAAGGUUUGAUAUUCAUGUGCUGUCAAAAUUUUCCACAUGCCUAGCAGAUCAACACUUACAUUUUAGUCCAUUAAUGGGAAACAUAGCUGAUAUUGUAAAUAGGAAGUUGGAAACCAUACAGGACUUAAGGUCCUUGUCUGUUUUGAUGGUCAGCAUAUCUUGUUUAAUAUCACAACGUUUUCAAGAACAAUUAGUGAAAAAAACAGAACUUCUUUUUGACACCGUAGAUUCUUCCCAGGUCAACAUUGCAAGAAGAAUAGUACAAUUUCUUCGAAAUAUUAAAUAUUGUUAUUACCCGCUAUUAGAAAGGUGUAAUAAAAUAUUCUUAAGCCAUGCGAACCACCUUGAUUUGGAGUCCAUCAGUAAAAUACUUAGUCUGUACCACUUUCUACAGUUUCACAGUUUUGAAUUUGUUUUAAUGGCUAAAAAGAGGCUAACUGAAAUGAUUCCUCUAAUUGAUCACCCUGCUAGCUUUGUAAAAUUGUUUAUAGCAUUGGGACCCACUGCAGGACCUGAAGAAAAGAAACAACUUGAAUCAUCUAUGUUAUUGAUGUCAGAAGAGUUGACCAGCCAGCAAGCUUUGGCAGUAAUGGGAGCAAUGGAAGAGAUGGAAAGCAGAAAUUCACGUUUGAUUAAAAAAAUUGCUUCAAUUCUGCAUAAGCAUUUGGAUGACUAUAAACCAAUUGAGUUAUUGAAGAUAACUCAAGCAUUGAUUUUUCUACAUUACCGAAGUAAAGAGCUUUUUGUGAAACUCAGAGAAGUAUUGCUUAGUCAUUUGAAAAUUAGUGUCAAAUCUAGUGAGAUAUCCUUCCUGGUCUGUGCUAUUUCCAUGCUUCCGUCUCCUCACCUAGAUGAAGUGGUGAUAUCUCGAAUUGAAGAAGUUUUACCACAGUGUGACCUAAAUGACCUGAAUAGUUUUGCCACAUCUGUUUUAAGAUGGAUUCAGUAUGAUUACAUGUAUCUGGAGAGUACUACUGGAAAGCAGCUGAAACUACUUCAAAAAUUAGAUCACUAUGGUCAUCAGAGACUACAAAAAUGCAACAAUUUGAAUCUGUUAUGGGAAGAAUUUAAAUCUUUAAAAGGAGACUGGUUUGUCGAGUCACUUCUUGAAGAAACAAUUGCUACUUUGCAGUGUUUGAUGGAUGAAAUUAAUUACGUAAAUGUUGCGGGAAUUUCAUCUUUUAUUGCUAGAACGAACUACCUCAAUACUUUGAUACUUGAUAGGAUAGCCUCAGUGGUCCUUCAGCAGAUUGAAAAGAUCCAUCCUUUUGCAGUCCUUGCUAUUAUUCUUCCAUUCAGCAUCUUGAAUUAUGAUCCACCUCAAAGGGAUGAAUUUUUCGGAACCUGCAUUCAACACCUUAAUUCUUACUUAACUGUAUUGGAUCCUCUCAUGUUAGUGUUUCUUGGUUUCUCUUUCGCCACACUUGAGUAUUUUCCAGAAGAUCUGCUAAAGACAAUUUUUAACAUCAAAUUCUUAGACAGAUUGGAUUCCCAACUUGAACUUUUAUGUUCCUCUCUAAAUAUGAGGGUCCAGUUUCGUCUUAUGGAAUUAAAUCGAGCAGUCUGCUUGGAAUGUCCUGAGUAUCAGAUUCCGUGGUUCCACGACCGCUUCUGUCAACAACAUUAUAAUAAAGAUAUUGGCAGCAUGAACGGAGUACAACAGCAUAUUUAUAAAAUGUUAGCAGAGGUACUAGGAGGAAUCAAUUGUGUAAAAGCCUCAGUUCUUACACCUUAUUACCACACAGUAGAUUUUGAGUGUAUCUUGGAUAAAAGGAAAAAACCUCUUCCUUAUGGAAACCAUAAUAUAACUUUGGGAAAACUGCCAGCAAGUCACUGGGAAUCAAAUACGCCAAUUGUUAGAUCAAGGCUGCCACCAGGAGCUGAAAGAAUUGCUUUGGACUUUUUGGAUUUAAGAGCUUUCUGUAGAAACAUUCCUCACUUAAAAGGAAAAUCUGCUAUGAAAAAACGACAUUUGGAAAUUUUGGGCUAUCGUGUAAUUCAGAUCCCUCAUUUUGAAUGGAAUUCUAUGGCACUGUCGACAAAGGAUGCUCGUAUGGACUACUUGAGAGAACGUAUAUUUGGAGAAGGCAAAUCACAAUUGUAGUUUUUAUUUAAGAUUAGUUAUCAUACUGUAUCACAUAUGAAGUUAUUUUAAUUAAGUGACCUGACUCACUUAAAAUAUAAUAGUAUAGAAUUGACUAAUUUCAAGGUCAAUUGCAUCCCUAUUAAAAUAAACAGACAUUUUACAACACAAUAUUUUGUCUACUGUCUGGUUGGGAAAUUAUUUAAAAUUCUUAAUGAAAAAGACAUGUAGCUUUUAAGAAACUUAAAAUAGCUUACAAUUCAUCUUUGAGUAUGUACUAUGUGCUAGGAAUUGUUUUAGAUACUGGGAAUAGAGCAGUGAAUACAGCAUAUCUUCCAGGGAUGGAGUCAAGCAAAAUAAAUGAAUAAAAUAUACCUUAGAUGAUAUUAAAUGCUAUGGAGAAGAAUUCAGAGGAGGUGUUAGGAAUAUUGUUGACAGGUGUAAUUUUUAUUUUAUUUUACUUAAAGAUUUUUAUUAAAAAAUACAGCUAACAUACAAUAUUAUAUUAGUAGGGGUACACCAUUUACACCAAAAGUUACUCAACAUUUAUAUUCCUAAAGAAGUGAUCAC